AUGGGCCAGGCGCCGGAGGACGAGGCAGGCGGGGCCGAGGAGCUGGAGUGCGGCAUCUGCUGCAUGCCCUUCGACUGCUGCGGGCGCGCGCCGCGCCGGCUCGGGGGCGCGCGCGGCUCGUGGAAGCCCUCGCGCUGCCGCCACGUGCUCUGCAGCGCCUGCGUCUGCCAGCUGGCGCGCGAGGGCGGCUGGGAGGAGGUCACGUGCCCGUACUGCCGCGCCGUCACGCCCCUCCGCGAGCGGAGCAACUUCCUGGUGGCCGGCGUGAGGCGCAGCAGCGGCUACGGCCGGAGCCGCCUCGUCCUGCCGCCCAUCGACGCCGAGCUCUGGCAGCGCGUCGUCCUGGCCGAGAGGGAGCGGCGGGGAGCCGGCCGCCCGGCCGACGAGGCCCCCGGCGAGGAGCAGGACGACGAGGCCGCCGGC